AUGGCAUCCUUAAGAAAUGUAAUGAAAGUCCAUCAAAAUAGCACUGCCCUCUUCAUUUGUGAUGUUCAGGAAAAAUUUAGACCUCAUAUCCACCAAUUCUUGAGUGUUGUGUCAACAGCACAGAAAAUGAUUGCUGCUUCCAAAAUUCUCGAGAUUCCUAUGGUUGUAACUGAACAGAAUCCUAAAGCAUUGGGAAAAACUAUUCACGAACUUGACAUAAAUAAUGCCAAAGUUGUCUCCAAGAUGAAAUUCUCGAUGCUUGUCCCAGAGGUUGUAGAAGCGUUGAAGGAAAAGAACACAAAGUCAAUCUUACUCUUAGGCAUCGAGACGACUUUGGACUUGUUGGAAAAUAAUUAUGAUGUUCAUGUUUUGGCCGAUGCGUAUGCGUCAAGCAGGCGCAUCAGUGACAACAUCUGA